UAAUUUGUUAAAUAGCUAACCGAUGAAGACAGCAUGGGAAAGGCAGCGAGCUAAGUGAUGGAAGAGGAAACUGAAGACGGGGCUUUUAAAGUGGACACAUAUAAAGGGAUCAGGCAGCCUACCAAGUGCUGUUUCAGUGCCCCGAGGGUGGAGUUACAGGGAUGGAUCCAGGAGGCUUAGCCAAGGAGGCGCAACCUACAGGCUGAUGGCAAUCCUGGAGGACCUGAACUCUCUGUGUGGCUGAGGAAGGGGAGCCAGGGAAAACUGAACUGAAGACCCAGGCUUUUAAAAGAGGAGAGGGGGCGUGGAGAGAGAAAACUAUCAACUAUCAACGGAAAUAGUGAACUUUGUAAACAUUCUCUCUCCAAGCAGUUAACGCCUUCUUCACCUUCCUGGUGGGAGCAAAAGAGCUGAAGAAGUAGAAGGAACCCCAGCGAUUGCUUUGGAAAACCCAGGAGCUGGCAGCAAUGGACAGGAAACAGACAACUGAGACACUGUUGUCUCUGUCACCUGCUGAAACUGCCAACCUCAAGGAAGGAAUCAAUUUUUUUCGAAAUAAAACUACUGGCAAAGAAUACAUCUUAUACAAGGAGAAGGGCCACCUAAAGGCAUGCAAGAACCUCUGCAAGCACCAAGGAGGCCUGUUCAUAAAAGACAUCGAGGACUUAGAUGGAAGGUCCGUUAAAUGCACAAAGCACAACUGGAAGUUAGAUGUGAGCACCAUGAAGUACAUCAACCCUCCAGGGAGCUUCUGUCAGGACGAGCUGGUUGUCGAAAUGGAUGAAAACAAUGGGCUUUUCCUUAUAGAACUGAAUCCUCCUAAUCCUUGGGACUCUGAUCCCAGAUCUCCUGAAGAGUUGGCUUUUGGGGAAGUACAGAUAACAUAUCUCACUCAUGCCUGCAUGGACCUCAAAUUGGGAGACAAGCGGAUGGUGUUUGACCCUUGGUUAAUUGGCCCUGCUUUUGCCCGAGGAUGGUGGUUGCUACAUGAGCCUCCAUCUGACUGGCUCGAGAGGCUGUGCAAAGCAGAUCUCAUUUACAUCAGUCACAUGCACUCAGACCACCUGAGUUACCCCACUCUGAAGCAGCUUUCCCAGAGACGGCCAGAUAUUCCCAUUUAUGUUGGUGACACGGAAAGGCCUGUGUUUUGGAAUCUGGACCAGAGCGGUGUCCAGCUAACUAACAUCAAUGUGGUACCAUUUGGAGUGUGGCAACAGGUAGACAAAAGUCUCCGGUUUAUGAUCUUGAUGGAUGGUGUUCAUCCGGAGAUGGACACAUGCAUUAUCGUGGAGUACAAAGGUCAUAAAAUACUCAACACAGUGGAUUGCACCAGACCCAAUGGGGGAAGGCUGCCUGAGAAAGUUGCUCUAAUGAUGAGUGAUUUUGCUGGAGGAGCAUCAGGCUUUCCAAUGACUUUCAGUGGCGGAAAAUUUACUGAGGAAUGGAAAGCCCAGUUCAUUAAGGCGGAAAGAAGAAAGCUUCUGAAUUACAAAGCUCAGCUGGUGAAGGACCUGCAGCCUCGAAUCUACUGUCCCUUUGCUGGGUAUUUUGUGGAAUCUCAUCCAUCUGACAAGUAUAUUAAGGAAACAAACACCAAAAAUGACCCGAAUCAACUCAACAAUCUCAUCAAGAAAAACUGUGAUGUGGUGACAUGGACCCCACGACCUGGAGCUACCCUUGACCUGGGCAGGAUGCUGAAGGACCCAACAGACAGCCAGGGCAUCGUAGAGCCUCCAGAAGGGACAAAAAUUUACAAAGAUUCGUGGGACUUCGGCCCGUACCUGAGAACCUUGCAGUCUGCUGUAGGAGAUGAAAUCUUUCUUCACCCAUCCUGGAUAAAAGAGUACUUCACUUGGGCUGGAUUUAAGAGUUACAACCUGGUGGUCAGGAUGAUUGAAACAGAUGAAGACUUCAACCCUUUUCCUGGAGGGUACGACUAUCUGGUGGACUUUCUAGAUUUGUCUUUUCCAAAAGAAAGACCAAGCAGGGAGCAUCCUUAUGAAGAAAUCCGUAGCCGUGUGGAUGUCAUCAGGUAUGUGGUGAAGCAUGGCCUGCUGUGGGAUGACCUGUACAUUGGCUUCCAGACCCGAUUGCAGCGGGAUCCUGACAUAUACCAUCAUCUGUUUUGGAAUCAUUUUCAGAUAAAACUCCCACUAACACCACCCAACUGGAGGUCAUUCCUGAUGCACUGUGGUUAGACCAGACCUGGCGUGUCCCAGCACCAAGCUAUUCCCAAGAAUAUGUUGGGCAACGAUGUCACUCCUUCUGGAGUCCAUUUUCUCCUCAGCUAAUGACCUCUUGGGCAAAGAACUGUCCCCACCUCGACCACUGACUUUGGACAUGCUGUCCUACUGUGCUUGUAGGAGAUAAACUUAGAAGACUGCUGAACCUUGCCAAGUCAGGGUAAGACAGCCUUUCUACCUCCCUGCUUCUAUGUUGGUCAGUCAGAUACUCUAGGCCUUAGCCAAAGGUGGUUACCCCUACUCUGUUGUGAGACUUUGGGUCAUUGGCCAGGUAGCCUGCUGUUUCUGUCUUCAGAAUACUAACAUUAAAACAUUUAAAUGCCGUAUUCUGCAUUCUGCAGGUAUGAAGAGUUUAAAGAUCAAAAUCUAUGUGUGACUAAUCUCAUCGAUAUAAGAGAUGUGGGUGAAAAUAUCUGUAAUUCUUGGGAACCUAGUUGUACAAUGGCUGAAGCUUCCCAAAAUAAUUUAGCAAGGACCAUGAUUUCAGCAAUAUAACUGUACACACACACACACACACACACACACACACACACACACAUCUGUGUAUCUCUAAAACAGAGGUAGCAUUAAAAUGUCUUGAUCAGAGGUAGAAGUAUAUAGUGCAACAUGAUAAAAAUAUCCUAAAUUGUAUCAAUACACAAAAUAUCUUAAACAUAAGUAAAAGCGUACAUACAUAGACUAUAAGGACAUUUGUGUGCAAAACAUCAUAAACAGAAAGAAGACCUUACACAAUAUGACAAAAUAUAACAUAUAAAUUACCUGAGAAAGGAAUACAAACUUAAUUAUACGUAAGUUACAUCAUACAAGAAUCUAUAAAAAAUGUAAGUUGCCUAUAGCUAAUAAUUACUAAGAUAAUUCACAAGAAGAUAUGCUAAUCUACCUAUAUCCCAUCCAUCCAUACCAUUUCCAUCCAUACCCUAAACUUACCUAAAAGAGAUACCUGAGUCCGAGCACCACCUUCCAUACCCAGCCCUAAACAACUAAAAACCAACCCUAUGCAGGUGAAUAUUAUCCCUUAAUGUCAACAGUAGGGAAACGGGGCGUUGUUUUCUUAGGAUUACUUCCUUCUGAAAUGGGAUGUAGGAAAAAAAUUAGAGUAACAAAAGUCUGAAGAGGACUAACUGUAACAUUUGUAACUAGUCUCUCUGUGGUGGGAGAUGCUUGACUGAUGUUCUUAUCUGAAACUCUGGCCAGAGUGUAAUAAGAAGGUGCACCUUUUCAGUUAGCUAGUCUGGAGUUGUCUAGAACAAUAUAGUCCUAAACCAGUUUUAGGGUGGUAUAUGUCAGUUCAAAAGCAUCAAAUUGGAUCAAAUGGAAUCAAUGAAAUAGUGUCUCAUUCUCUUUCCGGAGAGUUCAAAGAUUGCUAUUAGGAAAUGUUACUGUUCCUUGUGGAAAACUUAAAUACUAAUAUCAACACAGAAAUUUCAACUUUUAUAAGUAUGCAUACUGGGAACUGCAACAAUAAGGAUAAAAAUAAAUAUGAGUGAAAUUAGGAUUUCAGAGAGAGAACUGAGUUUAGACAAAUGACAGUCCCUAGAUUUUCUUUUCUUCUGUCUUACACCAAUUGGCUUCUUGAUAUGUUUAAGGCAGAAGGCAAAGUGAGAGUAAGCAAUGGUAUGGCCUCCCAGUGUGGUAGAAGGCAGGGAGUCAGGAGGGCUCAGCUCCACAGGAGUGGAAGUAGGAGGCUUGAAGGCCAGUAGGCAGCACGAAGGCCCAAGGAAUGGAGCGGUUCUGAAAGACAAGCUCAAGGAGCAGAUGUGUAAGUGGCUGGAUGACGAGGAGCCAAAGGCUUAGGCAGUGCAAACCAAGCCUUCGCGCGCACUGAACGUUGACUCAUCACGGAUCCUAGUUUGCUUUUCACUGCUGUGACAAACUCUAUGACCAAAAGCAACUUGGGAGGACAGCGUCGUAUCAUCUUACAGCUUAUAGUCCUUUCCUAUGAAAGGAAGUUGAGGCAGGAACUGAAAUGGAAGCCAUGGAAGGACACUGCUAGACUGGCUAGACUGAGCAUGUGCUCGGCCUGCUUUCUUAUACACCACAUGACCGCUACCUAGGAGUGGCACCUCCCAAAGUGGGUUGAGACCUUCCACAACUAUCAUUAAUCAAGUAAAUGCCCUACAGACACAUCCACAGGAAAAUCUGAUGAGAUUUCUUCUUCCCAGAUAUGUCUACAUUUGUGUCAAGUUGGCAAAAAAAAACAACAACCAGUAUAUCAAGGAAGCAAUAAAGUAUAGAUGCUUGCUGUAUGCUAUAUGACCAUAGGCAUAUAUAGCACACAGGUUUCAUCUGCAAAGUGGUACCAUAAUAGCAUGCACUGCCCAGGGGUGCCACAGUGAAAGGCAUAUCUGGAAGAGUGAUAGGCACAUGGUGGGUGGGCAAUCAAUAGUAAUCAUGUCAACCUCAUGCACUUCCGGAGAGCCAUGUGACUCCCAGGAGAUACUGGGUAAGUCACAGGAAGUUGGAAACAGCCUCACUACAGUCCACAUUCCAGGCUUAGAAUCUGCCUUACCUUAAAGCAACAGCAUAGCCUGAGCUGAAGGAUAACAAUGUGCCCAAUGCAGGGAGGAAAUGGAUAGCUAUUUUAAUGAGACACAUACUAUGUAUUGCUAUCCUUCUCAUAGCUGUGAGAAAGUCAUUGACAAGAGCAAGUGAAAGAUGGGAGGGUUUAUUUCAGCUCACUGUUUGAGGGGGAACAGACAGUCACAGUAGGGAAGGCAUGGCAGUAGGAGCAGUGGAUGGCUGGUAACACUGUGCACACAACCAGGAAGCAGGGGCUGGGGGAAUGCUUGUGUUUUGCUCACUUUCUCCCUUUAUUCAUUCUAGGACCGCAGCCCAUAGGAUGAUACGCUCCGCUGGGAUUCAAGGUGGGUCUUCCAUGCUUGGUUGAACCUUUCUGGAAACACUCUCAUAGACACACCCACAACUGCUGUUAUUCACUGGUAGUAUCUUUUUAUGGAGAAAUGGCCAGCAAUGCCCAAAAUUCAAGUAUUUGCUCUUACAUCUUGAACACAGCAGUUUAUACCAAAGAGGACAUGUUUAGAUCAGCGAUGGACACUACAUUUGAGAGAUGCUCACACGUCUGCCGUUUGAGGAUCAGUGCAUAGACUGACUCAAAGCUAUUUUACUGGGGCUGGAGAUGCUGCUUGGUAGUACAGCAUGUGCUUAGAGUUCAUGAGACCCUAUACACCCCCAAUACAUCCCACACUCAUCCCAACCAUGACUCCUGUGCAAGAAGAACCAAUAAAAACUAACAAGAAGGAAUUCUGAAUGGAAAAUAAAGCUAAACAAAGGGAAAUGUUUGUCCAAGCAUAGAAGGAACAGGAAGGAGAAAAGCUACGAGACUCCAACAGCAAAAAAGAAGGGGGCAAGACAAGGGAUGGCAGGCUAGGAGAAACUGGAGGAAAGGAUGGGAGACGAGAAGGAAUGGGCAGGAGGAAAGGCUGCUGGAGUUUAGGGAGAAUGAAAAACAGCUCUUUUGUUCUUUAACAGAUUAAUCCCUCAGAGAGCAUCAUGAAGACUGUUUUCAUAGAGAGUUUUUGGCAUCAGUCUAUUUACCAGACACAGACCUUGGAGCUGCCCUAAGAGGUCCCAUCUCAUUGGAACCAAAAUGACAGAUCUGUUAUGAAAUUGGUCAGUUAAUGGAGCCUGAAAGUUCUAAUAGCUAGGUAGAUCUUUGACUGAGGGAUGAUACAACAUUCAUUAACAAUCUUACAAAGAAAGUGAUUUAAAAAUCAAUAGAAAAUCAGAAUCUAUGUCUUCAAAUUAACGACAGUAAAAAUCCACAGAAAAUAUUCCUUUUAGAACUUUUAAAAAUAUUGUUUCAAUGUUUAAAAUAGGCAACUAGAUUGCCUGUGAGUUUUUUCUGUCUACUUUUGAGUAAAAAUUUUAUGAUUAUUUAAUUUUGACUAUUUAAUUUGUGAUUAUUAACAUUAAUUGAUUUGAAAGAAACUGUAAUUGAUACUCAAGGCUCUACUUUACAUGUUGUUUUUCUAAUACUCCUUCACCCAUUGAUGGGAAAAUCAAGUGCACUUUCUGACUGUCACCUACCUCUUGAAUGUGACCUCAAAUUUGUUUCCUAACUCUAAUCAAUAGAAGACUGACUGUCUCCCUCUCAUGAAAAUCAAGAACACAAAUGGUUAUAUCACACUAGAAAAAAUGUUUGGAAGUCAGGAAUUGAAUUUUGAUUUUUACUAUAUAGUAAAUUAUUCAGUUACUGCUAAGAUAAUGUACUGUUCAUCAAAAUGGAUGUUCAAAUGUAUAUGAUGGGCAAAUAAAAGAUUAUUUUAAAAUA